AUGCUCUUGACCAGUUCUUGGAGUAAUAUAACUCAUAUUGAUUUACCUAGUUGGGUCUUGGGAGCAAAUAUUAUUGAAGAAAUUGAUGAAGAUUCUGAAACUGAAGAUCUUCAAGAGAGUUGUGAUGAAGAAUUUGAUGAUGAAGAAAUUGAUGACGAAGAAACUGAUGAUGAAGAAACUGAUGAUAAAGGUUUUCAAGAUAGUAAUAAAGAAAAAAAUGAAGAAUCUCAGAAUAAAUUUAUUAAGGCUCAAGGAAGGAAGAUGCACGAAUUUGAAAAAUGGUUAAUUGGGAAGAUAUUAAAAAGAUCGAAGAGAGAAAAGAUCAUUAAGGAUUGUUCAAUUUGGAAAAUGUCAAAAAAAGAAAUACAAAAACUUCAUGAUUAUUGGCGUGCAAAACUUGAUGAAGAAAGAUUAUUGAAUUUACAAACUAAGCAUGAAGGAUGUCAUCAAGAUGAUGUUAUUGGUAUGACAACAAGUGGUGCUGCUAAAUUACAAAAUUUAAUUAAAUAUAUUGAUCCUAAAAUCAUUAUUUGCGAAGAAGCUGGUGAAUGUUCAACAUAUUCUCUUAGUAUGGAAUCACAAAUAGGAGAAAAUUAUCAAUUGGAUAAAUCAUUAUUUGAAAGAUUUGUUGAUGGUAAUAUUGCAAUUACAAUUGAAAGAACUCGACUUUUAACUCAGAGACGUAUGAGAAAUGAAACUUCUGAAUUAAUCACACGUACAAUUUAUGAAGAUUUAGUAGAUGGAGAAAACACUGCUAAAUAUCCAAAUAUAUGUGGAGCUCAGCAUAAUGUAUAUUUUAUUGAUCAUAAUCACCCAGAAGAUAGUUUUGGUGAUUCAGGGACACAAUCUCAUGUAAAUAUGCAUGAAGUUAAAAUGGUUGUAGAAAUUGUUAAAUAUUUUGUUAAAAAUGGAUAUACUGGACCUGAAGAUAUAGCAAGAAAAAAAUAUCAAAAUAAUACUUCAAAACCAUUAAAUCAACGAGUUACUUUUAGAACUGUUGAUAACUUUCAGGGUGAAGAAGCAAAAAUAGUUAUCAUUUCAUUAGUUCGUAAUUGUUCUGGUAAAUAUAGUUCUAUCGGAUUUCUUAAAAGCAAAAAUAAAAGUAACGUAUUAUUGUCACGUGCUAAGGAAGGAAUGUAUCUUAUUGGUAAUUCUAAGUUGAUGGCAUCAAUGCCAUUUUCAUCCCAGAUGAAUCCAGGGGGUUUACCCCAGACUUUUGAUCAGUAUGGCGGCUCAUAUUAA